AUGAGCAGACCUCAGGCUGUCUCCUCACUCUUUGAGGCGAGCUACCUCCGCCGGAGCUACUGCCUUUCCUAUGGAUUAUCCCAUUAUCGUCAAUUCAGCUUGUCAAAUAAAUGGCAACAACUACAGCAACAACCGCCGAAGCAAAAGCAGCAGACGCAACCACAACCGCAAGCUCGGAAAUUGAGCAUUCCACCGGCGAUUGAGCAGAACCCCGUGGCGUUAAGCAAGUCGGAGGUUAAAGAAUUCACCCCGAAGCCAUUGAAGCGUCCAUUAGGGCUGCCAUACUCCCCAGAAGAGGGCCAGAAUACUGGUAUCGAUAAGAGAACAUUGCGACAACGCGGAGGUGAUUUCGUGGACAAAGAUAAAUACCAACAGCGGCAGUCGGAGCUGAUAAAGGAAUACAGCAAGCCGUACUACCGAGAAUGGCACCGAAUGAAUUAUCACAGCGGAAAGGUAUUCCUCUGUAACCCUCGACUAUUCAAGGAAGAUUUCUCUCUUUACUUUCCCAACCUCUUCGGCCGAACACUUUCACGGUCAAAACCAAUGCAAAGUACCACUUCAAUUCUUCGCGGCAAAAUAUCUCUGGUCCGCGUCUUUGCUAGUCUUUGGGCCGAGAGCCAAACGGUCACCUUCGUCGGCGAGAAGGAGAAUCCAGAAUUACAGCAAAUUAUCGCCGAAGCUGGCCCCGUGAUGCAGAAGGUCGAUAUCAAUAAUGAGGACAACUGGCUCAAGGCCCUUCUCGUACGUCUCUUCAUGGGGAGUAUGCGACGGAAGAUGCCAAAGGAGCAACAUGAGAGAUACUUUCUGGUUCGAAAAGGGUUUACGAAUUAUCUGAAAGACCAAAUUGGGAUGCUGAACGGGAAAGUUGGUUAUGUUUAUCUUCUGGAUGAGAACUGUAAGAUUAGGUGGGCUGGAAGUAGCAUCGCCGGACCGGACGAGCUGAGUUCCCUAAACAGGGGCUUGCAAAAGCUGAUAAGCGAAAAGAGAGCAAGCCAGGCAACAGCCAUGCCGAAGGUUGUCUCGGAAUCAGAAAUACAAAAGGCUGCUCAGGCAUGA